CACACUCUCACACUCUCCUUCUCACACAUUUUCUCUCACUCUCUCUCACACACACACGCUCUCACACACAGAAGGUGAACCACACAGAAGAACUUCAGAAAGGACAGCCAUGCCUUUGCCACCCUUCAUGAAAAAAAUAUAUUUAACCUCUGACAUGCAUGUGUGUGUGGAGGUUUUGGACCUGAGCCACAACGACCUGACCAGCCUGGGUGUGGUGCUUCCCAGGCUGAGAGAGCUGCUCCUCUCUGGGAACAAGAUGCUGGCUCUGCCCUCCCCCUGGAAGACCCCCAACUUGGAGCUGCUGGUCGUCACCACCAACGCCCUCAGCGACUUCUCCCCCAACGACCUACGACCUUUCGGGCGUCUGCGAGAGCUGCAUGCCGGCGGAAACAACUUCCUGUGCUCCUGCUCCUUCGUGGCGUUCAUGGCGACGGCGUUGUCCGGGGCGACAGUGGAGGGGACGGGAGCGGGAGGUGUGGGGGUGUGUCUCACUGACGAUCCGGACAGCUACGUCUGUGACUCUCCGCUGUGGGUGCGGGGCGAGAAGGUGGGCUGGGUGAAGUUCUCGGUGGUGGACUGUCACCGCCUGGCGUUCGUGGCAUCUCUGUGUGGCGUUUCCCUCCUCACUGCCGGCCUCCUCGCCGCCCUCCUCCACCGGCUGCACGUCCUCUGGUACCUCCGGAUGAUGUGGGCGUGGCUAUCUGCCAACCGCAGCGCCAGGCGCCGCCGCUGUCGCCAAGACCGCAGCCGUCUCCUCGGCAACGACGACGCCGUCAGCGACUCCUCGCGGUUCAGCUACGACGCUUUCGUCUCCUACAGCGAGCAGGACGCCGACUGGGUGGAACACUUCCUGGUUCCGGAGCUUGAAGAGGACUCCAGCUCCCAGGAUGCACCUCUGUCCCUCUGCCUCCACAAGAGGGACUUCCUGCCGGGCAAGUGGAUUGUCGACAACAUCCUCAUCCCCAUGGAGAACAGCCGGCGCACCGUCUUCGUCCUGUCGGGGCACUUUGUGCGGUCGGACUGGUGCCGCUACGAGCUGGAGUUCUCACACCUGCGGAUGUUCCAGGGCGACCAGGACGAGGCGGCCAUCUUGGUUCUGCUGGAGCCGCUGGGGGAGAAGGACGUCCCCCGCAGGUUCUGCCGGCUCAGGAGGAUGAUGAGCUCCAGAACCUUCCUGCAGUGGCCCCGGGACGAGCAGGGGAGGGAGGAGUUCUGGAGCAGCCUGAGGGCUGCUGUAAGGUGGAGGGACUGAACACACACACGUGUACACACACACACACACACCUGUACACACACAGGAGCAUGCAAGCAGAUUGACACAGAUCAUUUCUUUCUACCGAGGGUGCGCCUGCCAGCCCUGUUUGAUGACCCCCUAUCCUGACCCGAACACACGGCCACAGAAUACAUUUAAUGUGGCCCUAAACAGAACAAGGGUCAAGAUAGAAAUGACCUUUGGAAUCUUGAAAGCACGCUUCAACUGCCUGCGUGGCCUCCGAGUGGCCCCAAACCGGCUGGUCAGAUGGUGACAUCCUGUGUCGUAAUCCACAAUGUGGCCUCCAUAAGAAGGGAGAGCGCCCUGUCAGUCAGUCAGCAUCCCCCAGAAGUGGGAGACCCCAUCACCCUUCACUACCCUACUGGCAGGGCCGUGAGAGACGCUAUAAAGCAGCAGUUUUUUGUUUGAGGGAAGACAGGCUAAGCCAUUAUUCUUUACAUUUAAUCAUUUAGCAGCAUUCUUUACUUUUCAGUUGGGCUAUUUUUGUUCCAUAGUAUUUGAGCUAUAUAGAUUUUAUUUGUGUCCUUGGCCAAGGCACUUCACCCUACUUGCCCUGGGGGAAUGUCCCUGUACUUACUGUAAGUCACUCUGGAUAAGAGCGUCGGCUAAAUGAAAACAUGUAAAUGUAUUUAAUGGCUGUUGCCACCAUAUUCUGAUUAUGAAAUGAUGAAAGCGAUAUCCAAAGUGCCCUCUUUAGAAACUUUGGACUCUAAUAUGCUGACAAAAUGAAACAAGGAUUUACAUUCUGUCUUCAUACAAUGUUAUGAUUUACGUUCUUGAAAUGUAUGCAAAUAUAUCAUAUAUCAAUGUAUGCAUACUGUAUAUAUCAUAUUUUACAACUUA